CUGCCCCUUAUUCUAGCGCGUAAACUCUUAGCGAACAGUUGUGUUUGCCGUGUGUGUUUUGUUUUAAACCUCACAGCUGCAGCUGCUGUGUGCAUCCCUUCUCUUGGAAAUUUGAAUCUGUAACGAAAUAGUGGAAAACGUGAUCGUUCGUUAAGGGCUAUCGAAGCCUCUCGCCGGAUCUGCAAUCAGCCUUUAGUCAGCAGCUUCGACUAUUGUGUGUGUGUCUUUAAACCUUCCCGAUAACUUCAAUCAGUCGCUACCCAUCAACAAUAGUCCCAGUGUCCCGAGUCCCCACAACCUCGAUGCCCUGUUAGCCGGAAAUAACGAUUUCCCAGGAAACGAAAGUGUGCUCAGUGUGUGUGUGUCAAUUGGUGCUGAUUGUCAGAGGUGUACGUAGUGGGUGCCGGAUCGUGUUCCUAGGUGUUGGGUGUUGCGAUAUACCCCCGAAAACUUUCACCGGCAUUUGGGCUAUUAAUCCAUAUUGCCGUUGCGCGCGACAGUUUGUUUGUCUUUUCCUUUGCUCUGUCCGACGAGGCUGUGAAAAGUGUGCGCGUCAAAAAUAGAAACCCGGCCCGUUUUGCUCGUUGCCCAUAAAGCAGGGGUGGUCCCAAGUGAGCGCUCACAAGACAACUGCGCCCGACAGCGUUUGCGGAACUCGUGAUUCGAUCGCCGACCGCCGCAGCAACAACACCCGACACAAUGAUGGCCGAAACAGUUGUGACGGUGGAGACGCCGAACCGGAACGCUGGCACACCGGCGGCAACUCCAGCGGCGGGCCAGGCACAGGCCAAGCCGGAAUCCAAUCUCAACUGGCUGAAGUUCAACACGCAGUACUUCAUCACCAUCCCGGGUAUAUUGAAGAUCGUCCAGGUGGUCUUCGGUAUCAUCUGUAUGGCGUGCGCCUCGCCGGCGCUAAUUGGUGGCACACACUUCUUCCUGUUUGCGGUCGUCACCUUCUUCAUCGCCACCCUGCUCUGGACGUUCGUGUAUCUGCUCGGUAUCCGUGAAGUCCUGAACCUGCCCAUCAACUGGAUACUGACGGAGUUGAUCAAUACGGCGAUUGCGACACUGCUCUACUUCAUCGCCUUUAUCGUGCAGCUAGCGUCCUGGUCGAACUUGUACGGGCGUGGACGUGGUUCCAACAUUGCCGCCGGUGUGUUCGGUUUGUUCAACUUCCUCGCGUACGCGGCCGGCACGUACUUCCUGUACGUGGAGCACCGAUCGGCCGGUGUGUAAAAAGGGAACGUACGGAAGCAGGGUUGUCAUCCGCAACGCAUCACCGUUGACAGACCAGAGGCAGAUGACACUUGUUUGCUGUUUUGGCUGAGCUGAGCACACCCACACACAAACACCGAUUCCCACCAAGUACUGGGACGGGAAGUCGGUCGAGAUAAGUAGAUUUGUACGGUGCUUCGCCCUGUAAGGCCUCUGGCCAGCCGAAGCCGGUUUCCGGACCAGCCAGCAGCAAACAAACAAAAAAACACAUACCCACAGAGCCAAUGGAGAACUCAACCCAGUCAUCAAAAACUGUGCGCGGAUAUAUAAAUAUAUUUUAGUACGUUUUUUUAUUAUUGUUUCGUUGUAAGAUGUAAGAGCUCACCGGCGCCAUAGGGCACCGAGAUUUUGUAAGAGGACGCAACCAACGCCAAGAAGGAAAUAUGAUAAACAUGAUUUAGAGUCCACACACCUAGACACUUACGUUAGUCAGAGUAUCGCAGAGGUUUUUGACGCUUUCCCCGGUAGUUUUGGUUUUGUUCCGAAGUAUUUUGACGGAUUCUCGUGUAUUGACGGAUUUGUUCUUGUCUUCUUAUUUUUAAGAAUAAACCAAAACCUUGACAAGAAUAAAUUUAUAUGUCUUUUCAAUAUGUUUAAAUAAUAUUGCAACAAUUUUCAAAUAUUUUUAUAGUGUAUUUAUACUUUUACCAACAUGUCGUACUAUUCGGUAAAAAAAAUAUUUUUUUAGAAAAUUAUAAAAAAUCAAAACAGGUCAGAAAACCCGUACAAAUUAUGUGAGACAUUAAUUUAAAAAAAAAUCCUGAAACAAACCUCAAUCCGCAAUGGGAAACCAUUAAAAAAAAAACUUCGGACCGAAACCAAAAAUAUGUGUGGACAACGUCCAGAAACCUUCGGGAUACCCUGUAAAAACCGCAUGGUCAGGCAUCCGUAUGGCCCAAGCGAGAAAAGGACCUUGCAAUAGAUGGAUGUAGCAUCACCAGCACACGCUACCGUACACUUGUUUCACUUUCCUUUACACUUGUAUCGAAUUUGUUACUGCUGCGUUGUAUUAAUUCGUUUCCAUUACGCCUCUUUUUGUACCGAAAAACCCCUCAAGAUAGUUUAUUUACACUAACGCACACACACGACCGCGAACGACCGGUGGAUUGUUUAUUUCGUGCUUCACCAUUUUCUUUUGCCCGGUUGUUUGUCCGUGUCCGAUUAACGACGGCACCGCUCUUGAUUACAAGCAUCGUUUCCUUUCUAUUAAUGUUUUUCUUUCUUUUUUAUUUCGGCUUUAAAAGAUUUCCUUUGUUUGAAACAACCGGGGUGCGUAUGCGUGUGUGUGUGUGUUGGAGUUGAAGGCAUCAUAUAAAACAAUUCAUCACCAGAGAAAACGCCGCGCGUUAUGAAGCGCCGAAAUUAUGUUAUUGUUUGCCGGAAGACGGUCAAGUGCAUCGGUGCGUACCCCGUUUUAUGGUGCGUUUUUUCAGUGCUCUGUCGUGUGAUUCGUUAAUUUAAAGGCCUUCCGUUGGGUGCGUCCAAAAUCCAGUAGCAUGGAGAAGAAUUGAAACCUAUUUAUCUUUCGCUCGAUAUGUACGUCCGUCGUAGGCAGCCCCCACCCCAUCUAAACCCUGGAAGGUGUGACAGUAACCGGGCCCGGAAAUGUAAACCGGUGACACUCAGUAAACGAAACCAGAUUUACGGAAGAAAGAGAGGAAGAGAGGAGGAGAAAAUCACAAUUGUAUUGCAUAUCCAAAAAUGGACUUAAAUUGAUACCGCGAAUCGGUGUGGUCGAGCGAUCCCCGAAAGCCGAAAGAGCGAUACCCAAGGUACGGUUCCGUUACAGCCUCCGGGUGUGAAAUCGUUUGUGCCGUUUGGCUCCCGAAGGGCCAAUUUACAGCGCUCGCUUACGGAAGCGGACACGCAGAUAAAUCGAAAGCCGGGGACCGGAAAAUGAAAGUGCUCGAUCAACGCCAAAAAAAAACACACGCAAAACAGCACAAACCUCUAAAAGAUUCGUCGGUCCACAUUUUGUUUCAUUUUGGGCUUCUCCAUAAAAGCGAUAAACUAGCCCACACACACACACACUAACCACAAUUUCGAAUCAGUGAAAAACAGAUAAUGAACCAUUAAUUAAAAGCCGCAGCUUUCGAUCGGGCCCUUUUUUCCCGACUCGCCGUUGCUGCACAAAAUUUUGACUUUUCCUCGGCGGACCAAAAGAAAAACAACAACAAAUGAGCUAUAGCUAAACCACGGAAGGCAGAGAUUGGAGAUGGGAAAUUACAUACACAUUUAAGCGGAACCGUUCAGAGCCGCCGUGUCCUCUAAUUUCUUCUCUUUUUUGUUUUGUUAUAAAUCUUAUUCUGCAUAGGCCAAAACGGUAUUUAGAACGUAAGAAACGGAAACAAGCGCUACGAGAGUUAGUAGGAUUCAAUGAGCUACCAAUCAUACUAAGGUUUUGUGCUCUGCCAAUUAUCGAACGAGACAUCGAACAUGGAGAGCCUCUGAGAACUAGGAUAUGGCGAUGCUCGGUUGCUCAGACAACCUCUAACAAGCCGAAUGAACGAGAGGACUUUGAGCAACUCCAGUUAGUUUUGUCUGAUAUGCUCUUAACAUCAUGGUCGUCAAAUUUUCAAUUUGUAUAUAGGAUGGAGUAUAUUUUCUGUCAUUCUUAAGCAGCGAAAGAUGUUUCAAGGGCUUCACCUGCUUUGAAAACAGUAAGGAUUAUCCUACCUUUCCUUCAAAAACAUUCGACCUAUCUAUCUCAUCUAACCUUUUCAAUUAACGAUGACAAAGUCCCCUAUCAAACCGCUUGUCUUGUUCGAUGUCUUGUUCGAUGUUUCACAGAGCACUGCCUAACCGUUCAAGGUUGCUCACUUGAACUAAUAACAAUUCUAAUGGUGCGAUGAAGAAAAUUCAUUCGAAAUACAUUUAAAAACGAAAGAAAAGAAAAUACACACACACACACACCGCCACCCGCUCACGGACAGAGGAAAAGUGGGGUGGAAGAAAGGAUGGAAAAUCGCCCUCACAAAGCAUUAAUCGCAUCAUCAAGCGCAUUAGGGAGGUUAGGUUUAAAGAGGGCGCAUCGAAAAUCAAAAACGUAUACUUACCCACACACUUACAAAUCAGGGUAAAUUGGGAACAAAAUACCUUUUAUACACCUCCGAACUCGCCCUCCCUUCCCUUUUCCCUUACCCGUCGAAUCCUCUGUUGGGAUGAAACGCUGACGACGCGUUGUACGGUGUAGUUGUUGUGCACAGUCAAUAAUAAUUUUAUGUUACAGUGUUUGACGAGUGUUUGGAUUAUUUUGAUAUUUUUGUCUCUCUCUCUCUCUCUCUCUCUCUCUUUUAAAUGCCGAAUUUCAAAGGCUUAUCAAAAGUGAUGUUGUGGACAUACGAACUUUUAUAAGCAAAAAUCUCCCCUCUCGGUACAUUGCAAACCCGUCGUCGAGUUCGACAAAAGGCUGUGGAGAAAAAAACAAGCGUAGCCAACCGUUUUGAACAUAAAACGCCAACUUUUUCAAUAAACGAACCAAACCCCCAUCAUCCGCCAUGGGUGACUGAGCAUCCGAUGGGGGUUUCGGAAUGCACUCGGACCAAACCCAAAGUUUCACGGUCGUCUGAGCUUUUGUUGGCGCCCACACCCAGCCAGAACGCACUUCAAGUGCACUUUUAUUUUGUUGUCGUACAAAACCGGGUAAUGCCGGAUGGCGAUGAUGCCGUUGAUGAUGGUUGGUUGGUGGAGCGUCAUCGUCAUUGCGGGAUGAGGUUCACCCGUGUUGAGUGACAAUUUCUGUCAUACGGUUAAAUGGACGUGCAAACCCUGCACAAUUGCUGUUGUCAUUUUUGACGUUCUUAUUUUGGCGCCUUCAGCAGCCAUUUUGUACAUAGUUUCUUUUUGUUUUUCCAUCCUUAAUAAAGUUAGUUCGUAAGCGUA